UUUACGGCAGCGCGACCCGUUGGCGGCGGCGAUGAGCUUCUACGAUGCGUUUCGCGGCUUCUUCGGGUUCCCGGGACCGCGGAGGCCCCGGGACCCGCUCUUCGGCGGCGCGCUGUGGGACGAGGAUGAGGACGAUGAGGAUGAGGACGGCCCGUCCCUGGCGCAGCCCCCCCCGGACUUCGGCUUCGGCCCCCGCGGUGCCUUCGAGGAGCUGUUCCGGGACGUGAGCGAGCUCUUGGGUGUCUUCGGCGGCGCCUGGGCCGGGCUCCCGCCGCCCUCCGGUGGACACGAGGAGCGGCUGCCCCCGCCGCAGCCCCCAUUGCCCGGCCCCGGCGAGGGGCGGCCGCUGCGGGACUCGAUGCUGAAGCACCCGGAGAGCCCGGCCCCAGCGCGGCCAUGGAGACCCUUCCCGGCGCUGGACGAUGCUCCCCCGGCUCCUCCCGGCCUCAAGGCGGACCAAGACCUGGACUCGCAGGUCUCCUCCGCAGGGCUCGGCACCAUCCUGAGACCCGGCGAGCCCAAGGCUCACUCUUACUUCCAGAGCGUCUCCGUCACCAAAGUGACUCUCCCUGACGGGGCGGUGGAGGAGCGCCGGACCGUGCAGGACAGCCAGGGCCGCCGGGAGACAACGGUGACCCGCCGGAGGGGGGACCAGGCCUUCAUCACCACCACCAAGGAGGACGGGCAGAGCAAGGACUACCGAGAGGAGGUGGUCAACAUGGAUGACCGGGAGCUGGCGCAGUUCGCAGGCACGUGGCCGCCGCAGGACAAUCUCCACCCUCCCAACGUGAGCGACCCGUCCUCUGCGCUGGGCAGCUUCUUCCGACGCUGGUUCUCAAGCUGGUAGCUGUGCCCCAGCCCGGCUGAGCACCCUAUGGAUCAGAUCCUGCUGGGAGCUGGUGCCUGGGGGCUGCCUGUCUUCUGCAGAGGGACCCCUUGGGGGGCUGAGUCUGUGCUUGCACAUGUGUACAGAGCAAUAAAGUCUAUUUAUGCUAAUGGUGA